CCCCGGCUGCAACGUCUGCUGAUAGGUGUUUUCAAAAUGGGCGUCUUUUAACCUCGCUUACACGUCCAAGAUUCCUUAAAGACUUUACACAAACAGUUGAGCACAGCUGAAGAUUGAACCAACAUCGUAAAGUGCGAGAAAUAUAUGACCAGUAUGGCAUCCAUUUCGACUGACCAGAAUACACAGCCCACCCCUCAGCUGCUGUCAGUGGGAGAAAAGGACAGGAAACGGCUGCUAGAGGUGUAUGUAAAGCGAAGUCUCAGCCUUAACGAUGGAUCCCAAUGUCCGCUGAGACAGGAGCAAAGAACACGCAAAUGGGUUCCCAUCACAGAGCGCAAGACUAGACAUCGCAAGCAUUCCAGCGAUACAUCUCUGAACCUGACUUCACAAGCCUCCUUCUCAGAUGAAGACAUUAGAUACGAGCCCUUCGCUGAACCGCAAAUGGAUAAAAAGGAGAGGUCAUCUGAGAAGAAAUCCAAAAAGUGGAGUUUUAAAGGGAAUCUGCGCCUCAACGAUGGCUCUAAUGCAUCGCAAAAGUCCAACAGCAAACCCAAGAAGAAGUUUCUACUUUUGGAUAAGGGCAAGGAGGAAGGUGGGCAGAACAUUGAUUCUUUAUCCUCCAAAACAAGUGCAGAUACUGCUGGAAAUACGCAUUCAAAUGUGCAAGAAAAUCUGGAGACUUCUGCAAUGGAAAAGAAGGACAAAGAAGGAAAGAAGACAAAGAAACCCACUAUAUGGAAGAGUUUCUUGAGCUGGUUUUCCAGGGGAAAUGUUGAAAAGGAUCAAAAUCAUCAGAGAACCGAAGAACAGCUCCCUCUUUCCCAUCCCUCAACACCCCAAAUCUCUUGUUUGCCUUUAGCUGAUGCCCUAUCAAAAGGCGAUAUCAACCUGCGCCGUUCAAAAUCAACGAAAAAGAAAUCAUUCUACAGGAGAUCAUUAAAAUGGAGGCGAAGUGGAGAAAUGUCCACUGAAAAAUCAGCUGUUGAGAUAGUGGAACCCACUAACUCAUACUAUGAGAAAAUGUCAGAGGAACUGGAGAAAAUUGUGCAUGAAGUGAAAGACAGUCCAGCUGAUGACAAUGCCAAUCAAAUAACAGACCAGAACGGUGGAAAUGUCUCACAAGAAGAGGUUAUCAGGAAAAUCAUAGAACUUAUAAAGCAGCAAGGAGACAUAAUAGAUAUCAAGCUGAAAGAGAACAGCACCGUAACCACUUAUCUGAAUGGAAUCACCUACAGAUCCUUCCGGCAGAUGGCUGAUCAAUACGUGCAGUCAGAAGUUCCCAAUAAGAAAACCCAGCCGCCUGUCGUGGCACCAGAGCUGGUGAAGUUCGCCUUCACUCUGGAUUUCACAGCCAGAGUGGCUAAUCUACACCGCCAAUCCACGGGCCAAAUCAUGGGCUUCGGGAACCAGUAUCUCCAAGAUCACUUCACUCACAUGAGCGAGAGCCAUCCGCACCUCUCUGACAUUAAAGCAGAGGAUCGGAAAACACAGAACUUUGAUCAAGAAUACAUAAGCUUGUAGAAGCAUGAGCUUCUAGUUGACAUCAUUUUACUGCUUCAUUUACCUUUGAAAUGUAGCAACUCAAAACAAGCCAUAGAAG